AUGGCCUUCCUUCACUCUUUGUCAGCAGUUGAGCUGGGCCGAUGUGACCGAAUAGUUCAGCAUGCACGACGACCGCCUGGUGGAAUCAUGGACCUGGUUUGCGGUCACCAGUGUCGUGGUUAUCUGGCGAUAGUAAGCGGUACCCUUCGCUUGGUUGCUCGGUCUGACAUCCGUUCCCAGUAUCUCCAGGGGUAUGCUCCUGGGUGGAUUGAAAGGUCUGAUGGUGGAGGAUUAUAUCAUGCUAUUGACUUAUGCAUGCAGGGCCUUACCGAGGAAGACAUCCAGGAUCGCGUCUACGGAAGCAAAAUCACCUUUGUUCUGGAGCAAUCGAUGGUAUUGGUGCAAUGGGGGUGCAAAGCCUGUCAGGAACAAAGAUGGCUCUACCAGUCAAGAUCCUGA